UCACCUCUUGACUAUCGUAGACCUUCGCACACCGUAUCUUUUCUUCUGAUGCUUUAUAUUCUCGCGCCUGUUGUUUCAGUCUCAAAUCUCAAUUACCUCCCUCUCCGAUCUCUCUAGAAAUUUCUGAGUUACUGAUUUCUGUAACUAAUAAUCUGAGCAGUUGAAAAUAUUGUUGUGCAGAAAUUCUCCGGUGAAAUGCAGAAGGAGAAUAUCUCAUUCAAUCCUCUCAUCACCGCCACCUCCGCCGCAGGCGGUGUUGCGCCGCCGCGCUUCUCUUCGAGCAAUAAUCCGUUUCUCUCUCCAAUUCCGCCGGUUAAUUGCCUGGGCACCAAUUCCUCCUACUACUCCCCGCUCUUCCAGAACUACUCCCCCAAUUCUAUCUCCGACGCCGCCUCCUUCGACGGCGGCGACACCGAGCGCAGCCUCCAUGACGCCAGCUCCGUCCUCGAGUACCAGCAGCUCUACAACCGCUACGCGCUCUGCCUCUCGCAGCUCCACGAUUCAGUCGACGAGGUUGAAGAUCUCCGCCUCGAGAACGAGUCUCUACGCCUCUCCAACGCGGAUCUCUCUCGCCGCGUGGCCUUGCUCUUCACACGCGACCGACUCCUCUCCGAAUUCAACCGCCUUAGCAUCGCCUCCCCCUCCGCCGCCGCCGCUCCUCCGAUUCCCGUUCAUGUGGCGGCGCCGCCGCCGCCUCGACCUCUGAGUGAAAACAAUCUCCGAAUUCAACCGCCGCCUCUACCUCUGAGUGAAAACAACCGCCUCGAGCCUAGGAGUACUGAGCGAGUCUCACUUCCGAAGAGCAUUUCCGUGCGUUCCAGAGGUUACCUGAAGAUGACUCGCCAGAAAACAGUGAGUCAACCCUGCCCUGAUUUGCAACGAGUUUGUGUACCAGGGGCGAAAAAGGAAGAAGAAGCUCUGGAAUUCGACGUGUACAACCAAGGUAUGAUGAAAACAGAGCUGUGCAACAAAUGGCAAGAGACUGGCACGUGCCCCUACGGUGAGAACUGCCAGUUCGCACACGGGGUGAAGGAGCUGCGGCCGGUAAUCAGGCACCCACGAUACAAGACCGAGGUCUGCCGAAUGGUGCUCGCAGGAGAUAUUUGCCCGUACGGUCACCGCUGCCACUUCCGCCACGCUCUCACCGAAGAAGAGCGCCUCGUGGCGGCAUCAUCUCUACCACCACCACCACGUUGAUCGGCCGGUGUAGAUACAUACAUAUAUCCUUGUUAUUACAAUUUUCUGUGAUGAUUUUUUUUUUUACAUGAUGAAUAUUGGAUAAGGGUUUAGUGCUCUUAUAAGUGUAGAUAAUAACAGUGACAAAUGUGUGUAAACAUUUAAUGGUGUAAGAGAGUUAUAUUCGAC